AUGGCGUUCUUUUUCAGGACCGUUGACAACGGAAUCAAAUUGUCAUCGUUGUUGUCUAUCCCCGAUGUCACCGACGUCCAUACUAUGAACAAGAUCACCUCUGACGAGCUCAAUCGUCUGGUCACUCACGAGGGUUCACCAAAGGCCUCGCAACCGCUGGGACACCUGCUCUCCAAAAUAUUUCAGUCUUUCACGGUUCCUCUUCCCGAUGUAUUCAGCCUUAAAAUCCCAUUCGGAAAAAUCCUUUAUCGCAACCAACGCAUCAACGAGAAAUUCAGCGGGACAUCGCCCGAUACUCUUGUGCCACUGUACGAUACUGAAGCGAAGGCUUGGAACUGGGCCCUUCCAGUUGACCCUCCUAAAAAUGCCAGUAGUAGUCGUUCGGGCGCAGACUCAGAGGGCGAGUCAGAGGGCGAGUCAGAGGGUGAUGAUAUGCAGAAAGCAACUCACGAAGAAAUCUUUGCUGCGUUUCUCAAUGCUCUGGCUGGCUGCUUGGCAGCGUCGCAGCCCAAACUAGUAGAAAUGCGCUUUGCAACCAGCACAUGGAGCGCAGCCAGUGCACAGAAGGCAUUACCUGGCAGCGACAUCAAGCGGAAGCCAGAUCUCGUUCUAUCUGACGAUAUAUCGGCAAAGUGGGGGAACAUCAGGGUAUCAGCCAAACUCACUCACAGUCGAUACCGGCCUGCGAUGCGACUCGGGAAGGCUGCAGAUACUCAUGCCUAUAUUAUGAUGAGUGAACAGCCAUGGAGGCGCUUUGCUCUCAUAUUAUCAUUCACAGAUGAAUAUCGCCACCUUAGAGUCCUAAUGUAUGAUCACUCUGGUGGCGCCGUGUCUCCUCGCUUCGAUAUUUACCAACAACCGGACAUAUUUUCACAUAUAAUCACUGCCAUCAAUUUCGGGAGUCUAGAGUGCGUCGGCUAUGAUCCGACAGUCUCAUUCUCAAAGAUUGUUUCACCACCCCGAUUCAAAGAUAUCAACUGCUAUCGUCCCAUUAGAAACGCUCCUGCCCGACCAAGUACGACGGACUGUACUGUUGCCGUAUCCACUUCCUCCCUUCCAUUUCCCGAGGAUCCUGAUGGAGUGUCGUCCAGUGAUGCCCUUGAAUCAGUAGUCGCUAGUGACUCUAGUGACUCUGACUCGACGGAAGAAGGUCCGAGCGGUUCCGCUACACAUUACUCGAUGGACGAAGAGCAUUUCCCACCCCCCUCCCUCCCAGUGCACCCCACUGCAACCCGUAGUGCUCCCCUUCUCAGCCUCGCAUCCCAAAUGCCCCAGGCUGAGAUGACCGAGAGCAUCUAUUCUGUCACCCCUCUCCCUUCCCAAUUCCCUUACUCUGCUCAAUCACCUGAACCUUGCGGUAAAAUCCGUGUAGGGCAGAAGGUCUACACUAUAAGAAGAAUCAUUUUUGCGAGCCGAGGUCUUGUUGGUCGCGGAACCGUUUGCUAUUUGGCAACUUUAGACGAUGAAGACUACAUAAUAAAAGACCAUUGGGUUGUAGGCAAGGACGACAAUGUAGUCUUGAACGAGAUCAAGAUGCUGGAAUUGAUGGAUGGCCUCCCUGGCGUUCCAAAGCUGGUGGAUCAUUGGGUCGUUGAACAGUCAGAUGGUGAUCCCGAUGUUACCUGA